AUGACUUUGGUUGAGAUGCGGGGAGCCGAGCAGAUUCAAAAGACAGUCGGGAUGCGCUUGUUCACGCAUUUACGCGUGCAGAUUGUAAGAUUCAAUAUCUACGACAUACUACGAGAAGCUCCAUUGGUGCAAUGGUCCACGCAGGCCAUGUCCUUGCGGUCGGUCAGCGACGCCAAAGCCGACGAGCUGGUAGACCUAGUUGCUCGCGUUAGCCAAGUAGUUGUUGACGCGGAGACACAAGAUGAUAUCAAAACUAUAACAGAGGCCACCGCUGUAGACCAACUCCUACUACAAUGGCAACAGGAUCUACCGCCCCGAUGGGCCUAUCGCAGAGCCCAACCACCGCCAACUCGAAGUCGGAACCAGGCGGAUGCAGAAGCUCUCUUCUUCGAUGAAACCUAUCAUAUCUAUCCGGACGCCUGGGCGUGUAAUAUUUGGAAUUUCUAUCGAGUAGGCCGGAUCCUGCUCCAUCGGUUGAUUUAUGUUCGCAUCCAGAAUAAUAAUUAUCCAACUUCACACUCGACAAACGAAGCGCUCAGCAAUUUAGCGAGGGAAAUUGCACAGAGUGUUCCCUACGCAUUGGGACAUAUUGGGUCUGCAAGAGAAGCAGAAGUCGAAUUGACCUCCUCAGUCAACUUUCUUGGAGGCUUCAUCGUGAUGUGGCCUCUGUUCCUGGCGUCCGAUGUAGCCCCCCUGGGAUCGGCACUACGCGAAUGGGCGAUCGAACGCCUGGAAGUGAUUGGGCAUUGCAUGGGAAUUGGGAAAGCCCAGUUUAUGGCGCGAGUUUUGCGAAAUGCACGACAAUUCGAAGCCAAACUAACGAGUGGGGAAAUUACUUGA